CAAUGAACCAGGUAGUAGAUGAAAAUGAUUCACCCGGCGCUCAAUAGAGUGGAUUCUAAAAGUAUAUAUCAAUAUAAAACCGCGCAAGUCGACCCUGACACUGAUCGUAAAUCACCCCCACACCCUUUCUCCCAUUGCCAGGGGAACCCAACAGCUGCUUUUACCGAAACGAGCCCCCAAAUAAAUUUGAGAGAGCUAUUGAUAAGUCUAUAUCGCUCUCGCUGUCAGCUGAUUCGUCGCUGGAGAUCUCGGGCGCCAAAAAACAACACCAGCGUAGCGUCAGGAGAAGAAUAAGCAAAAGCCCCAGCGAUUCGCGUUCGCGCCGCAUUUGAACUUCAAACGCGAGAAAAGUAGCACAGUGCGGAAAGAUACGCGGAUGCGUGGCGAUUAAACGGCGUGGUGCGGAAAAAUAACAAGUUCUGAUUAUGCUACUCGCAUAAAAUAAAUGGAACAGUCAAAACAAUUCGGUCCGAAUAGCCCUACCUGGUAACGCCGAUCGUGACAAUGGAAUAUUCUGAAUGAAAGCAUCGAAACUCGGAUAAACAUCUUAAAAUAAAUAUUUAAAAAUAUCAGAAAAUUGCGAUGGCGGGCAGUGUGCUUCAAAAGGGGGCGGUGGAAAGUAUUUCGCUGUUCUUCAUCAUUAUAAUAAGACUGAGCCAUGCCUCGGACGAAAGCCACGAAUCAACCACUUCGCUGGCCACCACUACCACCAAAAUCGUUCCGAUACCCGAUGUUGGCAGAAGCUGCUUCAACUGGUCAUCUGCGCCGGAGGCAGCGGGCGGAAAUUGUGCGAGAUUAAUCCGGAAUGGCACUCUAAAGUGCUACGGAGGAAUGAAUAACCUGCCGGCUCUGAACUACUCAGGAAAGUUGAUCCGAGCUCAACCCGCUUUGGAAAUGAUCCUUUGCGGCUGGCCAAAGGAUGGAUUCAAUCACAUGAAGGACCUCCAAAAGUUGCCCCGCCUUCGAUCCCUGACCAUCGAGUACAGUGGCUUCACCGAGUUCAAAUUCGACUUUCCUGAAAUGUCGGAGCUCCAGACGAUCAACAUUUCGUGGACGAAUCUCUCGUACAUCUCGUCCAGGACCUUCAAGCGGGUGCAUCCCCUCAAGGUUCUGGAUCUGCGAUGGAACCAACUCAUCCAGCUGGACGGACCUUUGCUGCUGCCCCGCAACUUCGAGCAACUCUAUCUGGCGGGGAAUCCUUGGAACUGCACACGCAACUUCAAAUGGAUGCUGUUGCAGCCGGAAAAAGGUCGACUGGUGGUCGAUCGGGAUGAGCUAAUCUGCACGGAUCGAAAGUAUAAGGAGCGCCAGAUGCUAAUAGUUAUGCAUUACAAAUUGGAGCUGCGGAAGCAGUGCCAAUCCCACGAGGAUCUGAGGAACUGCACUUGCCUGAUGCAUCAUAUCUUGCCCAAGACACACAUUCCCCUCUAUACGGUCAACUGUUCCCAUUUGCAGUUCCACCGCCUGCCUGCCUUUUUGCCAGAAAACACCACCACCCUAGUCAUCAACGAUAAUAUGAUCAGUGACAUUAAUCCGCUGCGGGACAAUCCCCACUACCAGCACGUAGUGGACAUGCAGCUGGAGAACAACCAAGUGUCGAACGUGGACAACCUGGAGGACACCUACUGGCUGCAGAACUUCCGCCUGCUCAAUUUGCGGGGCAACAAUCUCCGGAAGCUGCAUGUCUACGCCUUGGACAAUGCCCUCGAUGACAACGAGAACGCCAAUCUCCUGCUGCUCAGCCGGAAUCCCUGGCACUGCACCUGCAAGUUCGGCAGCCGGCUGCGAGAGUUGCUGACCAAGUACAAGGACAUCGUGCGGGAUGCUUGGAACGUGGAGUGCACCUACAUGCAGGAGGAUGAGCAGCGGCUGGCCAAGGUGCUGACCCUCAGCCGGCAGGAGAUGUGCAAUGUCAGUCCGGAGAGCGGCACCCAGAUCCAUCCCAUCGAUUGGCUGAACGGAGUCCUGGCGAGCCUCAUCCUUCUCAUCCUGGGCAAGCUUGCCUACGAUUACUACCAUUACAAGUAUUACGGCCGAGUUCCUUGGAUUGUGAUGAAGAUGCCAUAGUCCCAAUCCUAAUCCUAAGCAAGGAGAGUUCACCUCGAAAGUAUUUCUCAAACACAGACAACGGUUUGCUGGUUUAUUUUUGAAAAUCUACAAAAACAAUACCGGUCUUUGUAUCAUAUAUGAAUAUUUAUAUAUAAAUAAUAUUAUUUAGGUAUUUAUGUAUGCAUGUAUAUUUAAGCUAAGUCAACGCAAAACUCUCAAAAUAGUUGUUGGUUUUCCCACCAUUGCACUGCUUAGACUGUUUUAUUCGGUUAUAAACUUGCGUUCCCACGUUCCUUCACAUUCGACGGUUAUUAGCAUUCGACCUGCAUUUAACUUGGCACAAAGCGCUUAAUAUUUUAUAAUGGGAAUCAGCUAGGAUAAGUAAAUGUUUGCAUUGGAACAGAACGGUAUCUGUGUGAAGUUUAAGUUAAGUUACAAGUAAUUCCAUCUAAAUGAAUCUAAUUUUGUUUUAUAUUUACAAUUAAAAUCCGUCGAUUUCAUUUCUUUGGCCUUCGAAAUCAGUGCAAAACUUAGCAUCUCUUCUGUCAAAGCAAAUGCAAAUGAAUUAAAAUAAGUGUAUAGGUUACAAGCUUAUAAAUUAAACAACAGUGCUGGACAUUGUAAACAAAGCUUAAAA